AUGGAUACUUCUAGAAAUGUGGAUGGGGCAACAUUUAAAGAAUUGGAGAAAGCUGGAAUAGGGGUUGUUUUAAGAGAUUCUUCUGGUACGGUGAUUAUAGCAAUGUCCAAGAUUGAAAAAAGUGUCGAAGAGAGUGAAGCGAUCGAAUUGCUGGCCAUAUUUAGAGGCAUGCAGCUAUGUGUCAAUAUGGGAAUCCAAAAUCUUCUGGUAGAAAGUGAUAGGAAGAUGGUUAUUGAAGUACUUCAAACAGAUAGCAUGCUGAACUCUUCUUUAGGAGUGUUGUACCAGGAAGUGAAAAUUUUUGCCACUCACUUUGUUAACUGCAACUAUUCUCAUAUUUACAGGGAAUGUAAUAUGGUGGCUCAUAAGCUAGCUAGGCAUGCUCAAUGGGUAGAUGAUAUUUGUGUUUGGUUGGAUAGUAUUCCAGACUGUAUUUCUCAAGCUAUCUGGCUAGAUAAUUGUCUAUAA